GCGUGAGAGCUAUUGCUCAAAGUUGAAACUAGUGCUCUGGUUUACACAAACUUUGGAUUUAAAAAUCAGGGAGGUUUUCACUUAGGGUGUUUGAGAUUUAGGGGCCAAUGAUUAGUUGACCAGUUUGAUCUUGGGAGGUAUGUUGGAGCUCUGAAAGUAGUAACAGCUCUGCCCAACAGUGCUGAGCAAACUUGUGGUUCUUAUCCUACAACCCUGGCUGCCCCUUCUGCACCAGAGGCUGAGCUCAAUGCUCAAAAGCAAUAUGUGCCCUUGUCUUUGAAACACACCUUCUUUAGAAUUACAGUUUUCUGGGAACUGGGCCAGUGUUUGUCCUAGACAUAAACUCAGGCUCUAGUUGGCACUACAUUUUUUGUGUUUUCUUUCCUUUAAGUACAUCACUUAGGCAGGAUUUAGAGGAGAGGGAGACCUUCAGAAUUUUGCUGCUUUGCAAGUUGAAAUAGGUAAUUUCAUAGAGAUAACAGAUGUGUCCAAUUUAUCUGGUAACUAAUUCUGUUUCCUGUCAAUAGGUAGUGGUAUCUAACUUCUAAUUCAGUACUUGAGUUUUUAUUGCCCAGCUUCUGAGCAGCAGACUUCUAGCAAGCAAGACAUGAAGAUUCCCAGUGUUCACUUAUGGAGAGUAGCCCAGCUGGCUUGUCAUGCUGGACUAGAUGAAUUGUGAAUGUUAAUUAUACUGAUCAAUACAGUGGCCUUGGUAACAGACUUGUAGCUGCUGUAGAAUCUGUUUACUUCAGGUUUGUAACAGAAAAGAGACCAAGCUGGUUGGGGACAUGUUGUUCUCAGGGUAAUUAGCAGCGUUGUAAGUCCAAAGAAAAUGCGUCUUGGAGGGGCUAACCUUAGUCCACCCCUUCCCCAGGUUUUCCCAGAGGGAAGCGUUACUCUGGGGGUAGUUUCUGUUCUUGUUUGCCAAUUGAUAAUGGCUGGGAAGCAUUACUCUGGGGGUAGUUUCUGUUCUUGUUUGCCAAUUGAUAAUGAAUUGAGGUUGGCAAAGGCUUGGUUCUUAGUGGAGGCAGGGUAAAGGAUGUUUACAAAUCAUAAAGGUUAGAAGGAGAGUGCCUGUGUUGAGAAGCACCUUAUUUUCAUUUCCCUACCUAGUUUGUAACUAGGAGUGAAUAGUCGAUGAGUUCAGCCUAUGCAUUCAAGAGAAGGAACUCCUCCUAUUUGGGGAGUAGGGGUUUCAUAAUUCUGCACAUUCUUUUCUGACUCUACAGCAAGGGGAUUAGCUGAGUUCUGGGCAUGUUUGGAAUGAGAGCACUUUGCCAAUUUUUACUGAAUUUGGACUAAGCCAUUAUAAAAAUACAGUCUGUGUCUUCCUCAGACAGGCUCUUUGUCAUGUUCUCUUAACCCCUUGUGAAGAAGCUACCUGAUGGAUCGUCUGUACCUGACAGAUGGAGUUGGUGUAAAAGCAAAUCCAGUUUGCUGAUGACAUGCAGGAGUUCACCAAAUUCCCCACAAAGACCGGCCGAAGAUCUCUGUCUCGCUCCAUCUCACAGUCCUCCACGGACAGCUAUAGUUCAGCUGCAUCCUACACAGAUAGCUCUGAUGAUGAGGUUUCUCCCCGAGAGAAGCAGCAAACCAACUCCAAGGGCAGCAGCAAUUUCUGCGUGAAGAACAUCAAGCAGGCAGAAUUUGGACGCCGAGAGAUUGAGAUUGCAGAGCAAGACAUGUCUGCUCUGAUUUCACUCAGGAAACGUGCUCAGGGGGAGAAGCCCUUGGCUGGUGCUAAAAUAGUGGGCUGUACACACAUCACGGCCCAGACAGCGGUGUUGAUUGAGACACUCUGUGCCCUGGGGGCUCAGUGCCGCUGGUCUGCUUGCAACAUCUACUCAACUCAGAAUGAAGUGGCUGCAGCACUAGCUGAGGCUGGAGUUGCAGUGUUUGCUUGGAAGGGCGAGUCAGAAGAUGACUUCUGGUGGUGUAUUGACCGCUGUGUGAACAUGGACGGGUGGCAGGCCAACAUGAUCCUGGAUGAUGGGGGAGACUUAACCCACUGGGUUUAUAAGAAGUAUCCAAACGUGUUUAAGAAGAUCCGAGGCAUUGUGGAAGAGAGCGUGACUGGUGUUCACAGGCUGUAUCAGCUCUCCAAAGCUGGGAAGCUCUGUGUUCCUGCCAUGAAUGUCAAUGAUUCUGUUACCAAACAGAAGUUUGAUAAUUUGUACUGCUGCCGAGAAUCCAUUUUGGAUGGCCUGAAGAGGACCACAGAUGUGAUGUUUGGUGGGAAGCAAGUGGUGGUGUGUGGCUAUGGUGAGGUAGGAAAGGGUUGCUGUGCUGCUCUCAAGGCCCUUGGGGCAAUUGUCUACAUCACAGAAAUUGACCCCAUCUGUGCUCUGCAGGCCUGCAUGGAUGGGUUCAGGGUGGUAAAGCUAAAUGAAGUCAUCCGGCAAGUUGAUGUCGUAAUAACUUGCACAGGAAAUAAGAAUGUAGUGACACGAGAGCACUUGGACCGCAUGAAAAACAGUUGUAUCGUAUGCAAUAUGGGCCACUCCAACACAGAAAUUGAUGUGACCAGCCUCCGCACCCCAGAGCUGACGUGGGAGCGAGUACGUUCUCAAGUGGACCAUGUCAUCUGGCCAGAUGGCAAACGCGUUGUCCUCCUGGCAGAGGGUCGUCUGCUCAAUUUGAGCUGUUCCACAGUUCCCACCUUUGUUCUGUCCAUCACAGCUACAACACAGGCUUUGGCACUGAUAGAGCUCUAUAAUGCACCUGAGGGGCGAUACAAACAGGAUGUAUACUUGCUUCCUAAGAAAAUGGAUGAGUACGUCGCCAGCUUGCAUCUGCCGUCAUUUGAUGCCCACCUGACAGAGCUGACAGAUGACCAAGCAAAAUAUCUGGGACUCAAUAAAAAUGGGCCAUUCAAACCCAAUUAUUACAGAUACUAAUGGACCAUAUUACCAAGGACCAGUCCACAUGAACCACACAACUCGAAAAGAAAUAUUUUUUAAAGUAACUCUUAUUUUCUUCUUAUUCCUUUCCUCUUGAUUUUUUUCUAUAAUUUCAUUCUUGUUUUUCAUCUCAUUAUCCAAGUUCUGUAAACCACACAGGAACUUGCUUCAUGGCUCUUUAGAUGAAACUGAGGUUCAAGGUUCCUCACCCUAGUUACUAAAGAAGGAUUUUACUCCUAGCCCAGAAAGCUGAUUCUUUCUUUACCAUUUCUGGGGACUUUAGUCUUAAUUUAGGUACCUUAUUAACAGGAAAUGCUGAGGUACCUUCUAUGUGGAACAAUCUGCAAUGUCUAAAUCGCCUUAAAAGAGCCCAUUUCUUAGCUGCUGAAAUCAGUGCUCUUUCACUUCUUCAGAGGAGCAGGGAUGCUACCUACCAGCCAGGUAGGUUAGAUGUAGGUGGUGCAUGUUAAUUUCCCAUAGAAGUUCCAAGCCCUGUUUCCUGUGUACAGGUGGUAUGUCUGGUUCAGAGAUGUGUACUAGUGAGUGUUGCUCAUUAAGAUCCAGAAGGCUCCCUUGGCUUUAUAGUACAGCCCUGCCACCAUUCUCACCAGACUCAUUUUUCUAGUUGUUAAGCAUAUUACACUUGAUUAAGUUGAAGUUUGUCCCCUAGCAUUUAUUUCUGUUGUACAAAAAAAAGGAAAAAAUUUUAAUAUUAACUCUGUGAGACUGCUUGGGUGGUUAGUUGUUACCAAUUUCUCUUUUGAAUCUUUGGAAGUAAGGUUACCAAGUUGAGUCUAGUGGAAUGAAAGUCUCAAAUUCUAGUAAGUCCCUCUGUUUCUACCCCAUAGUUUAUAGCACCAAUGAACUGGAGCCAUAAUAGCAAAUUCUAUCAGCUCUGACCUAUACAGCUUGUGCUGAAGGCAAAUUUAUCAAGCCAUUACUCAAUAUAAAGCACUGAGCUCUAUCUUUAGGAUUUAUCCUUUAAGAGCAAAUUUCUGGUCAGCUGUGCUUCUGCAGCUUAAAUAUUUAAAGGAAGGUAGGUGUGGAUGGGAGGAGGAAUGAUACAUUGGGCCAGGGUGAGCGAAAUGUAGCUUCAUACAAUUUGGACAUAAAUUUUAUAGCAGUGAUACCACUUUUGAUCAGAACAUACCACAAAAAGUUUAUGAACUAAGAUCUUAAAGGGCAGUUGUGUGUAGAGAACGUAAUCAGUACAUCCUGGCUCGUGUGUUGAAGGGAUCCCCAGAGAGCUGCUCUCGAAGAUCAGAGAGACAUUUUCUCAUGCCAUGCACCCUGCUUACCGGCAUUUCUGCAUGGUCAAAUGAGCAUUACACUCAUGAGAUUUAAGUGUGUAAUUACCCAGGAUUUGAAAUCCUCAACUUGUUCUAGCUUGUGACCCUUCAAAGUUGGGUCAUACAUUACUGCUAGACACUGGAAGUUUUCGUUUCUCUCGCUCCACUGAUUAGAAAGGCAGUAAAAAACCAGGAAUAUAAAAAAGAAAAGCUUUCACCCUGCAGCUUCGGAGCAGGGUACAGUUGUCUUGCCAAAACGUUUUUCCCUUCUCCCAUUUCUCCCUACCCAAUCCCCUCCUACUCCUCGCCUGUAUGACCAUGCUUUACUUCUCUAUAGAUGCUAACAGUCAAAGCCCUUCUUCCUAGGGCACUUAGCCAGCCAGUCAGAACACCACAUCUGUUAAGGGAGGUAACCUGGCCAACAGUGUAUCCUAUUGCGUCAGCUCUGUUGGAAGGGGCCUAAGUCCUGCUGCCUCUGGCCUGCUCCCUGAUUCCAUGUCACUGUGUCCAUAGGAAUAAUAGGUAAGGGCUCCGUCGCUGUCAAACCGUGUAACAAAGGACACCUAGAAAAAUGUCUGGCAUCAGAGGGAGCGUGUGGAGAGCAACUUUGGAGGAACACAUUCAUUUUGUAUUGAAUGAUUUUUAAUGAAUGCAAUAUUAAUCCUUGCAGAUGAGCAAUAAUCAUUAAAGUCAAUUAAAAUGAUAA